ACACUGCUCAUGAAUAGCCAGUAAUGGCCAUUUAAUCACACUGUUAUUAUUUUUUCAGGUAACAUCAACGUAUCAAUCCAUUCCGUUAUCAGCGUUCGUCUACAUAGAAGCUGUAUGAGUUGCCCCAUAUAGUUGUAUUCAUCAUUCUAUAUACGACAUUUGUUUAUGAAUCACACUGCUCUCUGUACUAUAAUGAACCAUUUUUUUUGUCAUGCCAGUGAAAACAUUUGCAAUGGAUUUGUUGUUGACGCCAUUCUUGAUUCGCGAAGGUCACAAACAGCGAAUUCCCCAUUACGAACUAUUAUUAUGCGGACGUACCUACUGAACAGUCGCAUGUUCGCAGCGUGCGAUCUUGAUCAUUAUCAUGGACACGAAGUGGUUAUUAACCAUUCUACUGUUUUGCACCGGAACCCUCGCGCAAGCCAAAUUCACCUGCGAAGACAACAGGAAAUUUCGUAUGCUUGGAAUUUGCACCAUCGAGAACAUCAACUACAGUGACCUGGAUGACCUAGCCGAGAACAGCAUCCCCAACUCCCCCCAACUGGAGUUUCGUGGCGGCUACUUUCCCUACUUUGGGGGGCAGAUGUUCGAGCUGCUACCGGAAGAAGUGGAACAGUUGACGUUCCGUAACGGCCACGUGCGGGAAAUCAACUUGCCGUCUACCUCGUCCAUCGAACGGAUUCGGGCGAUCAACACGGAUUUGGUUACGCUGGACGCCGUGUCGGAGCCCAAUCACAGUUUGAAGGGCAUAUUCGUGCGAUCGUCGGUGUUUUCCCGUUGGUCGCCGAGUCUUCAGUUCUUGAAAGCACUGGAGGUGAUCGAUGUGGCGUACUGCAACUUUACCUACAUCAGUUUGGAUUGGUUUGAGGGCAAUGAAAAGCUCCGACUGUUGGAUGUGUCGAACAACAAGCUGACGACGAUUGCCAGUCGGCCAGGGCUGACCCUACCGGCUCUUCAAGAACUCUACAUUUGGGACAAUCGGCUGGAGUUCGUGUGGAGAUUCCCGGACGUGUUUCCGAAUUUGUUGAUUUUGAACUUGUCGGGCAAUUUGUGGCGCUGCAGUUGGGUGACGCUGGCACGGGAUGCGAUUCGUGAUCGGGGAAUUGUGGUGAUCGAUUCGGAUCACAAGUGCAAAAGUGGAUGGGUGCGCAAUGGAGGGCUGUGCUGUCAAAUGCAUGAAGAUUUGAAACCCGAGCAAGAAAGUGAUAGUUCUGGAGGAGAUGUGACAUCAUAUACAAAUCAAACCCCAUCGUUUUCCGAUGUGAUAGCUGAUUAUAUUAUCGAUGAAAAGAGUGGAAAUGUGAUUGGAAUGCGAAUGGGAAACUCGGUGGUCUAUCUCGAUGAGCAUCUUUCGAAAUACAUAAACGCUGUAGUGAAUUGGGCUAUGAUCAGGCGUUGUAUUUGUACCAUGACGGCCAUAGACGUAGUACCUAGUGUUGAAUAAUAAUUCUGUUUUUUG